UCUCUUCAUACAGAUAAGCCGAGGGUGUACCAGGGCGUCCGAGUGAAGACCACGGUUAAAGAGCUACUGCAGAGGCACAGAGCCCGCGAGGCCAACAGCAAAAAAGUUAAAACGAUAUCCCAGGCUUGCUUGGAACUUCAGGAUCUUUGCGCGUCCACUUUUCCAAGUCGCUAUGUGGACCCUCCUCCCGCGGUUCCCCAAGCGGACACGAGCGGUUAUAGCGCGCGAGUGCUCCAGCCGUGCGCCGCCACGUUCCCUGUCCUUGACAGCUCGUGCAGCAUCCAGAUGCAGGAAAGCACCUUUAACGACAGCCAGCAGCAGUUUGGGGACAUGAUGUUGCCCGGCAACGGCUACAGUGUCAACAGCAACAGCACCGUCGGCGGCGGCGGUGGUGGUGGCGGCUACAGCGCCUCCCUGCCUCCUCUUCCCUCCUUCCCGCUGCCCUGGUGCCAUGGACUCUCCUCAGAUGCGGACUACUAUGACUAUGGGAUGGCUCCUUGCUCCCCACCUGAGUCUCUGAAGCUCUGCAGUCCCGUGGAUCACAACAGCUACUCGCCGCAGGAUUCUUUCUCCUCCUCCUCUUCCUCCUGCUACGACUCACCCACCAGGAUGGAGUCCAGCUACCACGGCUUCACCUCAGAGCACUAUCACUACCAGCACUGCAACCUCCAGGACUGUUACUGCCUGCCCCACUGUUGGCCAGGCCAGCAGGAGAGCUUCUCUGUCCCCGAAUACGCACCUUACUACCCCCCCACAGACCACCCGUACGCCUGCCCUGUGGAAGAGAACUAUUUUAAGAGAGAUUUGCCAAUGAGCUCCGAAAUGUGUUACAAUGUACUAUGAUGAGACCCUCAGCAGUAUUGUUUUGUCUUUUGUCUGUAAAUAGGAUUCUUUUCAAGUACUCAAUAAGGUGAUGCUGUCUGCUUGAUGGUCCGCUUUGCAUUUCAGUGUGUGCUUUUGCUUGGGUGGAGUGAAUAUGAUGAAUGUUGAAUGGAUGGAGAGGCUAAUAUUUUUGUAUCAAUGAUCUUUUUUUACAACUUAGAUUUAUUUUCAUACAUAAUUUGUUGCUAUACUAAAUAAAAAUGUUGAACUGA